UCACGGUCGUUGUCUCGAAUGUCGGGAGCUAGCGCUUGUUAAGAGGCCGCGCGCACAGAAGGGAAGGAUUAUUACUACAUUCUGGAGAGCAAGGUCGUCGACAUCUGCAGCACUUCGUAUUUCAGGAAUAUCCUGUCCCCCCCCCCCUCCCCUCCCUUUGUCAGAGAGCAUGGCUCAGGAGACCAAUCAGACGCAAGUGCCAAUGCUUUGCACUAUGGGCUGCGGUUUCUAUGGUAAUCCCCGCACCAACGGCAUGUGCUCAGUCUGCUACAAGGAACACCUGCAGAGACAACAGGGCGUGGGCCAUUCCAGCCCCCCAGGUGAGAAAGGCUCGGUUGCUUCAUCGCCAGUGGGGUCCCUGGGAGCAGCUGGUGUGUCGGUGAAGCGCCAGACAGCGGAACCCAGCGUGGAAGGGGUCACUCUGCCCGAGGAAAGGACAUCCAGUCCCAGCUCCCCCAGCCCAGUAACCCAGCAAAUGACAGCCAUGAGUAUCUCCCAGGAUACUGGAGCCACUGACUCAGACCAGGCUAAUGGGGAAGAGGAGGGGACAUCCAAAAACACAGAGCCAGUGGGUGAGGCAGCCCAGACCUUGUCUGAUGGUGAUCAGACCCCUGACAAAAAUAAGAAGAACCGAUGCUUCACUUGCCGGAAGAAAGUGGGCCUCACGGGCUUCGCUUGUCGCUGUGGUAACCUGUUCUGCUCCAUUCACCGCUACUCUGACAAACAUGACUGUCCUUACGACUAUCGAGGUGCUGCCGCAGCACGCAUACGCAAGGAGAACCCUAUCGUGGUGGCUGAGAAGAUCCAGAAGUUAUGAGGACUGAGUAGAAAAGUCUGAUGUGCAAAUUGUGGAACAAUGGUGGCAUGGAUAAUACCAGAUAAAAUUGUUUCAUGGUAGGAUAAGGUGGGUGGGGUGGCGGUGUCACAGCCCCUGCCCAGCCACUUCCUUUAACAUCUCCCUCUCUCUCCUAGGGUGACCGCUUGAGUGUGAAUGCCUGUGGUGAGAUGGUCUGUGUGUGUGCAGUAGGGUUUGGUGGGCAUUAGAAGUCUACUGUGGGGAAGGAAGACAUUUCAUUUUUAACCUUUUUAUUGUUUCUUAACUUGGGGGGACUUGAGUUAGUUUUUAUAUUACCCCCGUGUGGUGGUUAAAAUGAACCAGAAGUAACAUGUUGAAGAGCAUGCUACAUCUCCGAUAAGGACAUCGGGAGGUCAAGUUAAGAUCCAUGCUGGGAGUUUCUGUGUAUCAGCAAUAUCUUUUGAGGGCUAGAGAUUAAUUUACUCCCAGAGAAAAACCCUUGUCCAGUUUCUGACAAAUGGGCCUUUUUGUUGUAACUUUUCUUUCCCUUCUGACCCUUAGAUGAAUAGUUCACAACAUGGCAACAUUUUUUCAAGAAAUGUUCUUUGACUUACUGAUAUUGGGUGCAUGAAAGAGCCUCUAUGAGUGAUUGAGAUUGUUUGAGUGUAUGACAUCAGAUCUAUAUUAAUAUAUUGUCCUUAGCUUGAGUUUUUUUUUAUAUUGAAUUUUUAAAAUAUAAUUAGGUUGGUUUGUCCUGGAGGAUUGGCAGCAUGUCAGAAAAUCACAUGUUUUUGUACUGAACCUUUCAAUGAUAUUUUAGCAUUUCCAUCUGAUUUAUGUAACCAUUUAAAAAAUACAACUUCUGAUAUGUGAUGGAGUAGAGUCCUGUUAAUAUGUUCAGGUUAGGACAGUGCAGAAAAUUCAAUUUAUUAUGGAAUCAAAGCACAACAAUUAAAGUUAACUGCAGAGCAUAAGACAUUGAAUGUGCAAGUUAACUUACGUACUCGUACUUGUUUUCUUCAGCAUCCGGGUCUUUAUACACAGCUCAAAAAAAUAAAGGGAACACUAAAAUAACA